AUGUAUCAAAUCUUUCUGUUGUUCUUCGUGGCCCUCUGUCUUUGGACGCGCUCCGCAAUCGCUGCUUUGACCUCGGGUGAAAUUGCCAACUCUCUCAAUGAACUAGCGCAGCAAGGGUUCGCUGCUAAGGCACUCGUAUUGGAAAUCAACUCCACUGCGGACGCUGGUCCACUUCCGGAUCUCUACACUGAGAUAGACACGAUGGUCACUGUGGUUCUAACAAAUGUGAAUUUUAUGGUGAACACGCCAAUCAUUACCGAUCAAGCGGGGGAGCAGGAUGUCUAUGAAGGAUACUCAAAUUUCGUCCAAUCCCUCCUCGAGCUGAUGGACGCCUUUUCCAGCAGUGCAGCCCAGCUGAAAUCCAUCAACCAAACAACCAAGAACAAAGUGCCCUCUGAAAUUCGCAUCUUACAAAGUGCUGUUGACGCCUACUUCUACAACACCAUCGGUCUUUUCCCAGUCAACAGCUCGUACAACGCCCAGGCCAACAACCAGAAAGCCCAGGUGGACACGCAUUGCUUCCAGGCUGUUUGGGCAUUUGAUCUCGGCGAUAGCAAUGGCACUCGGGCUACUCAUGAAGCACGCAGCAAGAGCUCGCUUCACUCCCGAUGGAUGAAGCGCGGUUCCUUGUGA